AUGAACAGUGAAAGGUUCAUACACGAGGGCCCGACCGAUGUUUCCAGUGCUGAAAGGCACUAUGAAAAUGUCAUCCGAGAACCGCCUAUGGCGCAUGGCACCUCCAACGACGCUGUUCCGAUGGACGAACCUGGUGCCCAAGAGUGGUUACCAGCCCCAUCGCAGCAAACCCAGAACGACACGGAGACGACAGUUAACUCACCUAAUCCGGCAGAGGGACCAUUACACCAGCGCCAGGCCGCAUCGCAGGUUUGUGGUCAGUCAGGCGCCUCAGAAGUUGUGCUUCCAAGUAGAGGCAUGCGGUCCCAACAGCACGUUCACCCACUGACCCCACAUGGUAUGGAUUUUGAGGGUUCGUGUGAGUCACAAAGAGAUACUGAAGCGUUUACUCUCGACUACCUGCAAGUCGCUGCAGUCAAUAUGGCAGAUCAGAAUGGUGGCUCCCGGCGUAUUCCUUCAGCAACUCGAAACUCCCUCAUUGAGGAAAACGCGACGCUGCCCCCUAUGAGCAACCAGUCUGAUCCAAGUCAGGCUGGCAUGGUAUCUGGUGACUUCAACCUGCAACCUCACUCCACGUACAUGCCAGUUCCCGGGCCUCAUAUGUCUGACCCCACUCAGCUUAGAAUUACAGGAAAUCCGCCUUUCCAACAGCUGCAUAUGGCAUCAGCCCGUUCAGACACUCAGUCCGACCAGAGCCAGAUGAACAUAACAUUUGAUCGCUUCAACCCGCAGCCGUACCUCACAUACACGCCAGCUCCCAGACCUCCUGAUAUGUCUGGUUCCGCUCAGUUUGGAAUUACAAGGGAUCUACCUUUCCAACAGCUGCAUAUGACAUCAGCCUCUUCGGACACUCAAUCCGACCAGAGCCAGAUGAACGUAACAUUUGAUCGCUUCAACCCGCAGCCAUACCUCACAUACACGCCAGCUUCAAGGCCUCCUGAUGUGUCUGAUCCCACUCAUUUUGGAAUUACAAGGGAUCUACCUUUCCAACAGCUGCAUAUGACAUCAGCCUCUUCGGACACUCAAUGCGGCCAGAGCCAGAUGAACAUAACAUUUGAUCGUUUCAACCCGCAGCCAUACCUCACAUACAUUCCAGCUGCUCAGCCUUCUGCACUAUCCAAUCACCAAAAGCCGGCAGGCGAAAGCGGGGCGUACAUGGUACUUCAUCGGCAGUUAGAGGAUAUCCACGAUGGGCAGGCUGAGCGUAACGGAUACCAGAACGAGGUCCAACAUCGCCCUGAAGACCAAAUUCGAGUUUGGGUGAACCAGUCACAGGACCAAAUGGAUCACAGAACGCUACAGAGUGGAAUGAACGAUCCUCAUCGGCUUGAAACUUAUCCAGCUGCCCACCAGCUGGUCAUGAUGGAAGCAUAG